AUGGCCGUCCGAGGGAUCUUCAAAGGUCAGACGCCCUCUGGUGUGGGUGUAGCUGACUGUCUCCACUAUCUCCACUUUUAUCCACUUUGUGGAUCUGAAAACAUCUCACAGGAAGCAUUGAGGGGAACUCCACCCUGGCCGCUGGUCUUCAGACUGGCUCACCAAGUGGCUCUGGGUAUAAACUUCCUCCACACUCUGCCCCGACCCGUACUCCACCAGGACCUGAAGCCCCAAAACGUGCUGCUGGACGACGCUCUCAAUGCCAAGCUUACAGAUUUUGGCCUUGCCCGGAUUUCCUGCAGCGUCACGCAGGUUUCCAAGGACAGUGGACCAGUAGGAGGGACGCUAUCAUACAUGCCACCAGAGGCUUUUACAGUAUCGUACAAACCUAAAAGAACCUUUGAUAUCUACAGUUACGGGAUCCUCCUUUGGUCCAUUGCCACAGGGAAACAACCAUAUGAGCACGCAAGACCCGAAAUAAUAGCGUUACGCAUCCCAGAAGGAGACCGCCCACUGCUGGAUGAUGUCACGGGCGAUGCUGCUGGUUUGACGGAGCUGAAAAGACUCAUGAAGAGAUGCUGGGAUCAGGAACCUGAACGAAGGCCCACAGCCCUUGAGUGUACAACUGAGACAGAACAACUGUUCCAGAUGCACAAAGAUGAACUCAACAAAGCUGUCUAUGAAGUGCUGGAGAAACUGGAAGUGCAUGCCCAUAUAUGGGAGAUAAGGAUCCAUCCAUCCUCUGACUGUUCCUCUGGCAUCACCAGCAGGUUUACACUUUUAGCUUUAAGUAAAAACAGCUUCAUCAUUGGUAACAAGUUGACCUUUGAACUGAACACAGACAUGCUGAGCGCAGAGAUGGCAUCUGAUGAUAUUCGAGUUUCUUCUGCUUUAGCACAGCACCGGUGCACCGUGGAUUCUUCCAGUUUCCACCCCAGAGAUCCUCCGUUCCCGGACCUCUGCACAGUGAACAGGGAGCCCCAGAUGAAGCCGACAGAACACAACAUUCAGUCUGAUCUGGAGAUCGAGGCUUCGGAGUUCCCUACCGCUAGGACAGUGACCCCGCAGUGA